AUGGAAACAGCAGGUUUGAUGAUGCAUAUGGUGAAGUUUGCAGUUAUUUUUGUUACCAUUAUGACAACAACAACAACAACAACAACAAUUCCUUUAUAUGUUCAAAUGGAUAAUUCGAGUAUACUUAGCUUUGGCAAACAUGAUUACAAAACAGAUCCAGUUUACAAGAAUUUUAUACCGCAUAUAACACCAUUUGAUGAAAGUAUUUAUGAAAAAAAGGAUGUUCCGGGUGUAUUGAGAUUUGGUAAAAGGGAAGGAGAUAUUCCGGGUGUACUAAGAUUCGGUAAACGUAAUGACGAUAUACCGGGCGUGUUACGUUUCGGUAAACGAUCACCAUUGGGCGUUUUACGAUUUGGCCGUCGUUAA